GGGCGCUCGAAUCGAUUGGACGGAGCACCUAUAGAAAAACACACAGGGAAACAUACCAAGUUUUUCAACGUGUUCAUGCCACCUGUUACAAUCCCCACUUCACCAACAUUCAGUUGAAUCCUGCAGCACUGGGGACUGGGCCCGGACAACCUUCAUUUUUUUUUCUGUCUUCUCAUCUGACGUCAUUACGACCCUGGACUGAAAUUGCGUGAGUGUCUGUACGCUGACCUCCCCUGCAAAAGUGAAGCAGGUUCUUUUUUGCCUUGCCGAGAGAGACCUGCCAACAACAAAAACAACAAGUUUUCCCACCGUCUCAAGUCGCAUAAUGCUGCACGCUCAUUAGGAAACGACAACAUUCGCACAGACUCGAAGGCGCCCGUCGUUGUAUUUCUCUCCCUCUUCUGUAUCAAAAUCCAUCAUGGAGGAUCUGUUUUGUUGUGAAGCCCGAGUGGAUUUUGAAUGUCGCGCCUAUGCCGAUCCCGUCUUGAUGAAAGACUGCCGUGUCCUUCACAAUUUACUUUCAUCUGAAGAACGGCACGUCCUCUCCUCUUCCUACUUUGAUUGUGUUCAGUCCGAGUUGAAACCCCACAUGAGGAAAAUUGUCACCGAAUGGAUGCUUGAGGUUUGCGAAGAACAGCAGUGCCAACCUGACGUUUACUGGUUGGCCGUCAACUACAUGGAUCGCUUCUUAAGUGUUAGUCCCAUCACCAAAAGCCGUCUGCAGUUGCUGGGCGCAGUCUGCCUAUUCCUGGCCUCCAAACUCAAAGAAACAUCUCCCCUCACAGCCGACAAGCUCGUCCUCUACACAGAUCGCUCUAUUAACUUUGACGAACUAUGGCAAUGGGAGUUAUUGGUCUUGAGUCGGCUCAAGUGGGACAUUUGCUCCAUCACGCCGCACGACUUUGUCGACCUCCUCAUGACUCGGUUGGAUGUCAGCAACCCUUGGGGUCCAGUUAGACGGACUGCUCAUGGUUACAUUGCUCUCUGUGCUCUAGAGUACAAGUUUGCCAUGUGCCCGCCUAGCAUGAUUGCCUGUGCUUGCGUCGUUGCUGCUAUCCGAAACGAACUCGAUCCUACCAUGUCAGCCACAGAUUUUACUGUGAACGACAUUAUCGCCCAGUUACAAACCAUCACUCACAUUGAAACUGAAAUCUUGCGCGGAUGUUUUGAACAAGUGGAUGAAUUUCUACGAUCAUUGGCUCCUCCGGCUCUGAUUGCUUCUUGUGAUGUGUCAUCAAACGCUUCGUUGGGUCUCGUUUCAUGUUCGAACGAGUCCAAUAUUCCUUCCAACUUGUCCACUGCCGCCAUCACCAAAAAUGAGCAUGAAAAAGCUGGAACACCCACUGACGUCCGGGAUAUUCACUUUUGAAUGGACCGAGUUUCUACGUUUCCAUUUUUUAUAAAGAAAACAAAUGGAGCCCUUUGUAUACAAUUUUUUUUAUACAUCUAUAGAUACCAACGAAUUAUUACCUCUUUUAAAGAAACCCCAUCCCUGCCCGACAAUUUUAUAACAGUGUAAACAUCGUACAAUCGGACAUUGUUCCAAAAGCCCUGCCAUUCCUCCCCCUUCCCAUGUGCCACAAAACAGAGAACACUAAAAUUUAGUGUACCCCACGAUUCGUUUUUUUACAGAUAAAAAUGUAGCAGCAAAAACCACAAGUGCCGUCGACCCGGUCGAACCCUUUUGAUAAUUCAGCCGUUAUAUCUUCCACUCAGGAAAUCCUCUCGCACUCUUACAUAACAAGAUCUACACUUUGUCUGCUUCCCAAAGUGUAUACGAUUCCCCCCUCCAACAGCCUUUAAAAAAAAAAAAUCCUACUUUAUGUGUCAUUACAUAUUACGCUCCAAGGUCUUUUGAGCUUUUGACUCCCCCUCGCCCCUUCCACCUGCCCCCGUUUGCAAAUUCCCUGGUGUCCUAGUCACAGACAGCAAUGUUCCAUCAUUUUUCAUGUGUAUUCUACCGCCAUUGUUUUUUUUUUCUUUUUAAUAAUUGUAUAUUCAUUUUGUUCAGUCGCUAACCUCUUCAAAAAUAUGCCCUAUUAUCUUCAUACAGGUUUUUAAAGGGAGAAUUUUUAAUUCUUGGUACCUGAAGAGGUUAAAUUGCACAUCAAUGUGCACUCGUUUAUUAUGUCUUUGAUUUUUACGCUGUCAAUCCGAAAAGUGAUGGGAAACAUAAGAAAAAAAAAAAAAAUAAUAAAAGAUGGGAAUGGAAAUAAUUUGAUGUUAUACAAAGACCACACAAGUGUCGUACAUAUAUCUAUUAUGUUGUGCCGCCAUUUCGUUUUUGUGAAUUAUAUGUAGUUCUUUGAAGAAUGUUGUACCAUCCAUUUGUGAUCAGUUGCAAACGCUUUUGUGACAUUUAACGUAAACGUGCGUUUCAUGUCACUCCUUCUU